AUUUGAGACGCCUUUGUCACACAGCUGAUAUAGAUAGUUAAGAUAUAUUUUAUUUUGAAAUAAAAUAAUAUUGUAUGAAACGUACCGUGCUAUUUAGUUAAGUUGUAGUUAUUUUUCUUAAUAGUGAAAUCAAACAUGAAUUUUUCGGAUAAUGAAGCUGAUGACACGUCGAGCGUUGAAAGCACAUCAAAUACAGAUAACACAUCUCGUAGUGAAACUCCAACCAAUUCCCGCGUGAAAAAACGGAGACGAGGCAAAAAGAAAAGUACAAAACAAGUUAAACCUCCCUAUAAAUUUAAUUGUAGUGCCAAAGAAGACCAUGGACAGCCCUUAUUUGGUUGUCAGUUUAACCAUCAUUUGGGAGAGGGAGAACCAUUAAUAUUUGCAGUUGUUGGCAGCAACAGGGUAUCCAUAUAUGAAUGUCCUGAAUCUGGAGGCUUUAAGUUCUUACAGUGCUAUGCUGACCCUGAUGUCGAUGAAAUAUUCUACACAUGUGCAUGGUCAUAUGAAGAGGAGUCAAAUUUGCCUCUCCUAGCAGUUGCCGGAUCACGGGGCAUUAUUCGGAUAUUUCAACCAGCCACGCAGACCUGCAUAAAACACUACAUAGGUCAUGGUCAUGCCAUCAAUGAGGUCAAAUUCCAUCCUCGAGAUCCAAAUCUACUGCUAUCAGCAAGCAAGGACCACGCACUACGUCUUUGGAAUAUCAUGACCGAUGUUUGUAUAGCAAUUUUUGGCGGUGUCGAGGGCCACAGAGAUGAGGUGUUGAGCGCCGACUUCGAUCUUAAAGGGGAACGAAUCAUGUCAUGUGGCAUGGACCAUUCCCUCAAAUUGUGGAGACUCGACAAGCCGUCAAUGAAUGAAGCUAUCAAACAGAGUUACAAUUAUAAUCCCCACAGGGCACUGAGGCCAUUCAAUUCUCUAAAAGAACAUUUCCCUGAUUUCUCAACUAGAGACAUCCACAGGAAUUACGUUGAUUGCGUUAGAUGGAUGGGCGACCUUAUUCUGUCAAAGUCAUGUGAAAACGCCAUCAUCUGCUGGAAACCGGGACGCUUGGAGGACACUGAGCUGCGGCCCGGAGACAACUCCGUCACCAUUGUGCACAGAUUCGAUUAUAAGGAAUGUGAGAUAUGGUUCAUUCGAUUUGCAGUCGAUUACAGCCAGCGAGUGAUCGCAUUGGGUAACCAGUGCGGCAAGACAAUGGUGUGGGAGCUGGGCAGCGUGGCGGGAGGCUCGCGCGUCUCCCAACUCGUGCACCCUCGCUGCGUGGCGGCCGUCAGACAGGUGACGCUUUCACGGAACGGCAAAGUUUUGCUUGCUUGCUGCGACGACGGCACCAUCUGGCGAUGGGACCGCGUAAACAACGUGAACAAUUAGACAAUAAACUUCGUGGCAAGAUAGUUCCUCACACUCUCUUAUAUUAUGUUCAGACUUAAUUUUUCGUAGACAAAUUAAUUUGUAGUUAAAUAUCGAAUUUAACUAAUUAAGCAAUUAUUAUUAAUAAUAAUAAUUUUGACAACUGUAAAAACCAAUCGAAAAGGAAAGUUUUCUGUAACGAUCCUGUACAGUCAAAAUCUUAUUACAAUAACAUUCACAAUAAAUGUGACGAUCUCAAAUUUGUUGCCAGCAAUUGGUGAAUGCAAAUAACUUGGGAUACCAUACCAUGUGGGAAUCUGUGUUCAGUGGACAAUUGUGUUGUAUGAAGUUGUGUUGUAUGUUAAAAAACUUGUUGAAGGCAUUCCAAUGAGCCAAUUAUGUGAGCAAAGUUUUUGAAUUGGAAGAGGCGUGUGCUACUAAGAGAUUAAUUUCACUACAUUAUCUACUAUUUUUAUGACAGUAGCUUAGAUUAUAUAAAUAGAGUGUCUCCGUACAAAAACUGGUAAACUUUUUUUCAUCCAUGUGUGUAUAAAUCAUGUUAUCAGUAUAUAUAGUUAAUACUAAGGUAAAAUUAAAAAAAUAAAAACGAUAUAAGUUUAUUAUAUAAUAUAAUAUAUUUAAAAGAACAAGAGAAACAAUGUACAAUGAUCGUAAUGAUGCUUAUUUUUACUGAAUACUUUGGUUUAAUUCUAAGUAAAUACAUAAAAUAUGUUUUUGUAUUUAAAUAAUUGAAAAUAGCCGCCAUUUUAAUUAAUACAUGUAUAUUAAUUUACAAGCAUAGUACAUAUCUAUAUUUAUAUUGUAUAAGAAAGAAUGGUUCCAAAUUCAAAUUUAAAUAAUGAACCAGAAUCUAGGAAAUUUUUAAUCUAAUUAUUUACAACACUAAAAAAAAACGAUUUGAUUUAAAAAAAAUUAGUCGACCAAACGUCAAAUUGGCUGAAUAAAUUUUGACACUUGAUGCUCUAUUUAUAUAAUCUAGAAUAGUAGUAUUAAAACUGAUUGUUUAUAGCCCGUUAAAAAUAGUGCACGCUAGUCACUAGCCAGUUGACCAAAAGCGCGGGAAACGGUAAGAGCUAUACUGAAAUCAACAGUAAUAUAAAGAAAGCCAAAUAUGUUGAUCCAUUAUAUAUCCACUUCUGCGUCUGUGGGUCUAUCAAUUAACAGUACACUAAGUUGAUAAGUUAUAAUGGUAACAAAUGAAAGAUAACAAUAUUAUCUUGAGAAUUUGCAAUGAAUUAUAUGUGUAUGCCGGUUUGACAGCAGGUAUUGAAAAAAAAAAAUGCGAUGUUCAAUCACUAGAAAAGAUGUAUGGUACUCGAAAUGUGUAAACAAAAUUAUGAGUGAGAAAUGAGUGUACUGAGGAGUAUGCUCACAGAUAAAGAUGAGAUUUAAAUAGAUGUCGCAUCUGCAUAUAUGUAGUUUAGUUGCCCAUUAAAAGUACCUCCUCUAAUAUUAUAUGUACUUUGAUAAUAAUAUUACUCUGCAAAUAAUAGCAAAAACUUCAAUUGUAACAAAAAAUAUAUAAAAGUACACCCUACGUAAUUUAAAAAUAAUUAUCAAACGCAGUUUAGUUCCCUUAGGUAAGUGACAAAUGAAUUUGUCGAUAGAAUCAUUGUCGCUACCGAGUUUAUGAAAGAUUCCUGAGACCUCAGAAAUGGUAACGCAUGGGGAGUAUCAUGGGCGAAACAGUAUACUCUGUUAUGUCCAUGGUGCUGCUCAUGUCUAUAGGCGACGGCUACCAUUUUCCAUCAGGUGGGCCGUCAGCUUGUUUGCCAUUCUAAGUUGCAUAAAAAAAAAUUUAAGCGCAAACCGAAACAUAUAUGUCUAUUAGGGGUAGGUUAUAAGAAUAUCUCUAUUUUGACUACAAUAUCGAAAUGAAAAACCCAAUUGAAAUGAAUAUAGAUAUCCGUAUGUGUUACCUAUAUCGUCAUAGUCGUAGAAUACUGACGGAUCUUUAUAUGUAAUCUUUGUCAGAUCCGUCAGUAUUCUACGACUAUGACGAUAUAAUAACCUUUUUUUCUCUAUUGAUGUCGAGAGGAACUCAAUAUGUAGAUAUUGGUGCGGUACAUAUUUUACCUAUCCAUGCCUAAUAUCUAUCGAGAAAUUUCUUUGGCGUUUAUCUAAAGGAACUAAUUGGUUAAAAUAUCGCGUAACAUUCAUUAAAAAAAAAUUCAAACGAAUCAAGACACUCCUUUUGUGUCGUGUUUUGGUCACUCUUGUUUUUUUUUUUUUUUUUUUUAAUAUCAAUUCAAAAUAUUAGAUCUGCGGCGUCUAUUUAAAUAUAUCUCUGUAUGUAUGCCUAUACUCAAUGAACUUGAUAAUGUUCUAUAAAGGCCAAAUUGAUAGUAUAACAAAUGAGCGUGUAUGUAAGAGCAUGAAUGAAAAGGGGACGUUUCAAUAAUAAUAGAGUUUGUGUGACAAUGGUAAACGAAUGUAACAACUUACAAAAAUCGCGAAGCGAAGUGACAAUUACUUUUAUCAGCUAUUUUUGUCAUUGUAGUUUUUUCCAGCGCGGUUUGUUUUUAAAAAACAAAUAAAGUUAUGUAAAAUACAUAAAAAGUUGGUAUACGUACCAACUUUAAAUAUAUUACAAUUUGACAUCGCUGUGGCUGUUCUGUGAACGUCUUUAGGUUUCGUUUGCUAAUUGUCAGUCACUAUAGAACAAAGUAACGAUCAAGAGAUCGCUACUUUGUACUAUAGUAAAGUGACGUCAGCAAAUAAAAAUAAUUAAUUUUUAUUACCUUUAGAGUACCGACUUUAAAAUGACUUAGUCGUUUAGAGUACCUACUUUAAAACGACUUAGUCAUUUAGAGUACCAACUCUAAAAUGACAGUCACUUAAAGUACCGACUCUAAAAUAAUGUAGUCAUUUAUGGUACUGACUCUAAAAUGAUUAAGUCAUUUAGAGUACCGUUUCUAAAAUAACUUAGACGUAUAAGACGCCGCAACUAAAAUGACUUCGUCAUUUAAGGUAGCUACUUUAAAAUUACAAAUAUUUUAAAAAAUCGCAGACGUCAACUAAUUUGUGGUCUGCAUCCUGGAAGGAAAAAGGUCAUUUAGGAAUAAUCAUAAUUUUUUUUCAAAUGACUCUAGUCGUAAUAAUAUGACGAAUAUUACACAUAAAAGAAUCGACAUGCAACAUUUUAUAUGCAUUGUCCAUGCAUAAUAAAAUCUUAUGAAACUUUGUGUUUAUUAUAUAAAUUUGAUACACCAAAAAUAGGGUUAAAUAUGUUGAAGUUCUGACUAUGCACAAAGAGGGUGGUUUUGGAUUUAUCCAAUAUAUAUGUAUAACCAUUUCUUGAACACAUAAUGUAAUCUUAAUAAAUUUGUAAAUUAUAAUAAUGAUAAUAAUAAUGUUCAUGUUAUUGAAUUUAAACAAUAAAUGUUGAACUGAGACAUGGUCUGACUAUAGAAAAUAAUUGAUAUGAUAAUUAAAAUAUUGAAAUAAAUACAAUUUAUUAGUACGUAAGUAUUUUUCUACAUAUGAAUAAAAGAAAAAGACUGCCUUUAGUCAAAUUUA